UUUCUAAAAAUUGAUUGUUAUUUAACUCUCAUGGUGGUGACGACUCUUGAAAAUGUUGGUCGGCACACAACUUAUCGAGCAUCGUAUCAAGUGGACUUUCCUUGUAUUAUAGUGCAUGGAGGUGCUUGGAAUAUACCACAAAAUAGAACUCAGCAUACACUACAAGCUGUACAAUCGGCAGCAAAGAGAGGAUUAGAAAAGUUGUUGGAGAAACCACAAAACGGCGCAACUCCUUCUUCCUGUAUAGAAGCUGUAGAAUGUGCUGUUUGUUAUUUGGAAAACGAUGCUAUGUUUGAUGCAGGUUUUGGUUCUUGUUUAUGUGCCAAUGGUUCCGUUGAGAUGGAUGCCCUUAUUAUGGAUGGUUCCACUUUGCGUUCUGGAGCAGUAGCUUGUGUUUCUAGAGUACGGAAUCCAAUCACAUUAGCCAAAGCAGUAAUGGAAAAAACACCUCAUUGUUUAGUUGUAGGACAAGGAGCCGAACUACUGGCACAGGAACUGAAUAUUCCUAUGGUAGAUUCACCUUUAGAGAUGGUAUCCGAUGUGGCUCUAAAGGAGUGGGAGUCUAUUCAUAACAAUUAUCCUGGAGCAGUUGAUACUUUAUUUCUUCAAGGUGGUGAUUUUCACUCACAUGAAACAGUUGGUGCAGUGGCUAUUGAUUCUUUAGGAAAUAUUGCAUGUGCCACGAGUACUGGCGGUAUUACUGGAAAACGAAAUGGAAGAGUAGGAGAUAGUCCUCUUAUAGGUUGUGGUGGUUAUAGUGAUAGUCGUUGGGGUGGAGUUUCAGUUACGGGUCAUGGAGAGAGUCUUAUGAAGGUUACUCUUUCUCGUCGAAUCAUUUUUGGUUUAGAAAGUGGACAAGAGCCUCUAGUUGCUGUUGAGAAUAGUUUAGAAGAAAUGUUGGAACGACGAUUGGCUUUACGACAUCGCGAAUGGCGUGGGCGUUGUGUAGUCCACUUGUCUCUCAAAGUGGUAUCGAUGGCCAUUGACUAUCUAUCGGUGGCUGCUUUACAGUUCAACCCUCAAUUGGCACAACCUGAAGAAAAUAGAAAAAGAGUUCAAUAUUUGAUACAAAGAGAUAAACGUCAGCCUUUUCAAUAUUUGGUGUUGCCAGAAAUGUGUUUUACUGGAUAUAGUUUCACUAGUAAAAAACAAAUACAGAGUUUAGUGGAACCUUUGCAAGGACCUACUUUGACAUUCUGUUCACAACUUGCUAUAGAAAAUGACUGUUAUAUCUCAGCAGGAUUCCCAGAGGUGGAUUUGGAUACUGGAAAAUAUUACAACUCGGUAUUAGUAACGGUAUGUGAACUUUUGUUGAUGAUACACAUAGACUCUGGAAGAUUUUCAGAAUCCACGAGGUCAACUAGUUCACUGUUAUCGAAAGACCUUUUUGUAUGAAACCGAUAAACACUGGGCAGAAAAA